AUGCGUUUUGCGGUGGCUGCCCUUGUUACUGCUGGCCUACUAUGCCAAGUCGCUUUCGCUGAAUGGCAGGUCAAUGGUCGACUGUAUCGCAAAAAUAUGACCAAUUUCGCUGGCCAAUACCAACUCGUAAGCUGGGUUUAAAUCUUAAAAUUUUGCUUACCAAAAUUUCUCAGGUUCCAGUGACAUUCUUACAGUGGGGGAACUAAUCCAGUGGCAAAAGACGUACCAUUUUGCAUCCAGGAGGUAUCAAAAAUGUGGCAAAAUGCUUCCUUUUCCAAGUGAAAAAAUUUUGAAGGGCGCUCCCUUCUUGCUCACAAAAAGAGCGGUUUAGAAAUCUGAAUUUUAUAACUUAGAGAGGGAGGUAUUUUGCCGCAUUUUUAAUACUUCCCGGAUGCAAAAUGGUACUUUUUUCCACAGGAUCAGGUCCGUUACUGUAGCUUUUUUUACUUGCUGUCAUCAACAUAAAGUUUUCGCUUCAGAGCUGGGCGCAGCUUGAAAAAAAUAAUUUUUUUGGGAAAUUUAGUUGGUUUUUUAUUCAUUUUUCAAUGAUUUUGGCGCUUUUAUUUAGUACAUCGAGCUCUAUCAACAUGGCCCCAUCGAGGACACCAGAGUUGAUCGAGUAAUUGCGGACCGGGAUGGCGCCUUUAAACUUCAUGGAGAUCCGCCGUUUCUACGCUUAUCUGACAAACAGAUGUUGAAAAUGUGAGUCGAUUGAUUAUUCAGUGGCGUUAUUUAGAAAGUGGGCUGAUUUUAUGACAAAGAAUUCGGCGAUUUUAGCGAUUUUCUGUAAGAAAACAACCGCCUUUUUUCGAAGUUACCUAUGCCGUUUUUAAUGACAUUAGCAAUUGAUUGUUCGGCCAGUUUACCUUGAUUCUUUUUAGAUACAAUCGCUUAAACUUUGGACAGUGUCGAGUCAAGACUCUCUAUGGCAACCCGGGCUUCACAGACAAUUUGCGAAUUGACGUCAUGUAUGGGUCAAAGGGAGAACCUGACGACUCCAAAUGCCCAACUAGAAAGUAUUGGACUUAA